UUGGCAACUGCGAGUCGAUGGCAACUGGCCGAGUGGGCGGAGCCGAAAAUCAGAGCUCGUCGCAUGUGCUGCCGGAUCAACACGAACGUCUAAGAUGGAAAAUAGCUCGGCUUACCACGGUCAUGGCCCGUCUCCGAUCCCGACUCAUCAGUCUCAUCCAGCGGCGGCUCUGGUGGCCUUUUCGCAGGCCAGUAGUCUGAGCGAGGCCCUCCGAUUGUCGCGACCCUUUCCCCAGGGUUCGGAUGGCAAGGAUUUAAACAAUCCGUUUUCGACUGUUUCGCUUGGCGGAUUGCGUCCGUCUGAGGUCGGAGCCGCCGCCGCUGCAGCCGCCGCCGCCGCAGCUGCCGCUCACCACCACGGAUUGACUUGGCCGUUUCUCAAUCUGCACAAUCCGUUUUUCCAUCACGUCCCGUCACUCGACCCGAGAUUGCCGUUUGGUUCCGGCGCCUUCCGGCCACUCACCCCCGGCGAGGAACUUCAAACUUUGAAAUCUUCGUCCUCUUCAUCGUCUUUUCAUCCGGGCGCCUUUGCCGCCGGAUUGACUUCUCCGCAUCACCAACAACAGCAACAACAACAACAACAAAAGGGUCACCACCACAACAACCACCAGGGCGGUGGUGGUGGUAAUGGUGGCGGUAAAAUUGAAAGUUUGCCGUUCAAUUUGAGCCGCUACAAUCCGUUCAGUUCGGCCAUGGAAUCAUCAAUGGCCGCCGCCGGACGGCUUGUCUUCAACUCGAAUGGCCAGCGCGUCAUUCAAGGCCAGCCGGAAUCGCCUUCCAACAAUAACAACAACGGAGCCGCCAAUGCUGCUGCCGCCGGAUCGGCCAUGUCGCCGUCGGCUGGAUGUGCGGAUUCGUCGUCUCAUCCAUCGUCGGCGGCCUCUUCAUCCAACAACAACAACGAUGGCCGCGACGCUGCCGGAACGCCCCUUUCGGAUGCGGCGACGGAACGAUCGACUCCGGACGACAUCCGCACCUCUCGACGCCGGAAGAAGUCUCCACUGGAUCCGUCGUGCUGUCCCGUUUGCGGCAUCACUCUGCGAUCUUCCGACUUGGAAGUUCAUUUUGUACAGGAACUGGAGCGACUGGAACGCGUUUCGCGCACUUUCCGCUCAUCUUCGCAUCAUCAUCACCAUCACCAUGGAUCGAGCGGCGGCAGCAGCAUCAGUCCGUCGGGCUCUUCCGGCGCCAUGUCGGCCCCCGCCGCCACAUCCCAAGUCCAAAAACGUGAACAAGAUACUCGUUGGGAGACUUUCCAUCGCAUUCGAAUUAAUCGAACGAAUCGAGUCAGAGCUAAAGCUCGAAAGCGUCGAGCCGACGAACGUGAAGACACUCCCGAAAACGGCCAUCACCAUCCGCAUCUCCACCACGGCGCAAUGGGCGGAGGCAAUGCCGGAAGUAGCUCUGGAAGUUCCAGCACUCCGUGCCCCAUUUGCGGCCAGCGCAUGUACGGAUCGGCCGAGGAAUUGAAUCAGCACGUUGUCCAGUGUCUCAGACGGAAUGGAGAAGACGCUGAUGAAGAUGAACCUUUGGAUGUCGAAGGUGACAGUUACGAAGAAUACGAAUGGGCUGGACAACGACGAAUCAGGGCCAGCACCAUGUUAGAAGGAGGUUUUGGAGGUGUCGGUAUGCAUAUUUGCAAAGCCGGUGAUGAAGAGACUGAAGACGUGGUGGUGGACGGUGACGACACGGCCGCAUUCGGCCAGCCGCAGUUCAACGAACACGACAUCCAGACAGCCGCAGCUGAUCACACCUCCCAAGAAGAAGGCAUAAUAAAAUGCGAGCGAGAUGCUCAGAUGUCGUCGGCUUACAAGGAAACGGAUUCCAAAGAUCACAUCAUCAACGCGUUGAAGAAUCGCGUUUGUGAUUUAGAAGAAAUGAACAAAGAAGCCAAGCAGAAAAAUCGCUGUCUCAUCUGUCUGGGCGAUUAUAGACAGCCUGUAGUAUCCACUUCGUGUUGGCACGUUCACUGUGAAGAGUGUUGGCUUCAGGCAUUGGGCAACAAGAAACUCUGCCCUCAAUGCAAUUUGAUUACCUCGCCGACUCACCUCAGACGGAUUUACAUGUGAAUUUCUUAAUGUGAUGGUGUCAAAACAAAUUAUUUUGGGUUCUCAUAAGUCACUGAAGAAUUUUUUUCAAAUUCAACAUUUAAACUCUUUAAUUAUGAUUUUUUUUGGCCAACAUUGUUUUUCCCCGAAACUUUUUCUUCCAUCAUUUUUCUCUCUCUCUCAACAUUGUUUCCUUUUUUUGAUUGGGUGUGCGUAUGUACGCGUGUUCUCUGUUGUUCAUGUGUAAAUAUAGUAGGCUUUCUCGCA